AUCGGAUGCAGUGACCAUGGAGGAGGAGCACCGUGAGUUGCUGCGAAGCAACCGCGUCUAUUUAACCGAUAAUCUAGAUCCAAGUACGUUCAGCAAUCUCCUCCUGCAAGAGAAACUGCUUAGCGAUAACGAAUUCGAGCUAAUGGAAGCGGAGAAGACGACAAAACACAAGGCGGAAUUUCUACUCGGCAAAUUAACGAGGAAGGGACCGGAUGCAUUUGGAAAAUUUCUGGAUGUGUUGCGAAAAACGAGUGGUCAGGAGUAUAUUGCUGAGCAUAUUGCCAAGCAACUGGAGCAAUGUGAUGCAGAUGCUGCUCAAAACGGUGAUAGCAGUGAAAGCGAAGAUUAUGAUGCAUCCAAAUUGACCGAUCAAUACCAAAUGAAAUCAAAUCCUCGAGGGCGAGCUCUCAUCAUCAACAACAAACAUUUCACUAACGGACUGAGAGUUAGAACUGGAACUAAUGUAGAUGCUGAUAGUUUAGAAGGUCUGUUCAAGUGGCUGUCGUUUAAAGUUGAGAGGCUCAAUGACCGAAAGUCACACCAAAUGCAGAAGGACUUGCUGGACUUUGCAAAAGCUGACCAUUCCAAGUAUGACUGUGUCAUUGUAGCGAUCCUAAGCCAUGGUGAAAAUGGUCAAAUCUACGGUACAGAUGCGAAGCUCAUCAAUGUUUCAGACCUCGUCGGAUACUUCAAGGAUUGUGAAUCGCUUGCUGGUAAACCCAAGCUGUUCUUCCUUCAGGCGUGUCGCGGGGGCAUAAUGGAUGACGGGGUUAACGUUCCAGACGGCUUCGAUGAUCCUGACAUCAGCUCAGCUACAAUCGACUCAUACAUUGCCAAUGCUUUGUGUGGUGAUGAGACCGAUGCGAAACUCUCCACACUUCCCAGUGAUGCCGAUUUCUUACUCUCCUAUGCGACCACACCCGGUUAUGUCUCAUGGCGCAAUCAAGCCCGAGGCUCAUGGUACAUCGAUGCACUAACUCAAGUACUCUACAAAUAUGCAGACAAGGAACAUCUCGUCGACAUGUUAGUAAAAGUCAAUGAAAAAGUCGCCACUGAGUUUCAAUCCAGCACUGGAGCGAAGAAGCAGAUUCCCGCACCAGUCGUCAUGCUAACAAAGAAGCUUUACUUUAAGCGAAAGUGACAUGAGAACGUACUGAAAGACGUGAUUACUAAGUAUAACAUGCUUUGCCUCCUCAUAUUUUGUUGUACCAAUUUGUAACUAAGUGUGGCGAUAUACUCUUAUUCUGUCACCGUCUUUCUACUGUCAGUUGGAAUAUGAAAUUACUAGCAAUCCCUUUUCCAGCUGAUUGUCUACUAUUACAUUAGAGGUCGAGUACUAACAAUUAAUAGCCAGUAAGUUAGCAU